UCCAGUGUCCUUUCUAUCGUCUAUGGCAACAAAAUCGGAACCUAGGGACGAAGAUUCGUUCAGGGAUCCAACGCCGUCACCAUCACCGCCUCCCUCGAUCGUGGAUACAGACCAGAGUUUGUUCGAGGGUGAUAGAUUCCGUCCCGCAAGGCUGUUCCCGAUCGGUUUGACCGUAGAUGAUCCAGUGAAAGCUGGGCUUGCUUGUCGGCAGACGAAACCGCGGUGGCGGAGGAGACCUGUGUUACAAGCGAAUGGCCUCACGACCUACCACUGGGAGAAGAUACCAGAAGUCGAGCAGGAGGCGAACGCGCAGAAUCCCGAAGUUCGAGAAAAUGCUGGGGCUACUGCCGAACUCCCUGUAAAGAAGGCGAAGCCAUUCAUGGGAGAAGAAGGACUCAUGCCUGACGUCUUGGACCAGAAAAUUUGGGUCAAAAUAAAGGAGGAUGUUGAGAAGCGUUUUAAAUGUACCUGUACACACCGUACAACUACAACGAAGCCCCUCUUCACUCAAGAGGAGUGCCAAUACCUCCUCGAGGCUGCAAAG